ACGUGAAACCAGCUCAUUUUACACAGGGUGAAAUCCAUUCCCUCCAGGCAGCAAGUGUUAAUCUUGUACUCUUGAGACGCAGGGAUGACAUCCAGGGCAGACAGAGUAGCUCGUCAGCAGGACCUGGACCAAGGCAUCGGUACCAACCAGAACGCAACCAAGUUCUGUCAGCAGGACUUUGACGCUCUGCAACAGCAGUGUGUGAAGAGCAAACGGCUGUUUGAGGACGACUGCUUUCCGGCAGAAGCCAAGUCACUGGGCUACAAUGAGCUGGGACCGUACUCAUCCAAGACCAGGGGAGUAGUUUGGAAAAGGCCAACGGAGCUGUGUUCUAACCCAAAGUUCAUUUCUGAUGGAGCCACAAGGACCGAUAUCUGCCAAGGAGAUGUGGGUGACUGCUGGCUCCUGGCUGCCAUAGCUUCCCUGACUCUAGACCAGCAGUUCCUGGAUCGUGUGGUUCCACCUGAACAGAGUUUCUCUCAAAACUAUGCUGGAAUAUUUCACUUCCAGAUAUGGCAGUACGGUGAGUGGGUGGACGUCGUGGUCGAUGACCGUUUACCAACCAAAGAUGGGGAGCUGCUGUUUGUCCACUCAGCCGAACGCUCAGAGUUUUGGAGCGCACUGCUAGAGAAGGCCUACGCUAAACUGUAUGGCUCCUAUGAAGCCCUUGAUGCCGGAAACACCACUGAGGGCUUUGAAGAUUUCACAGGGGGAAUUGCAGAAGCAUACACUUUGAGCAAGGCACCGCCAAACCUCUUCCAGCUCAUGCAGAGGGCCCUGAAACUGGGCUCGCUGAUGGGCUGCUAUAUUGAUAAUACUAGUACCUAUGAUACGGAGACACUUAUCGCUCUGAAACUUGUAAAAGCACAUGGGUAUUCAGUCAACGGAGCCGAGGAGGUGCAUUGCCAAGGCAAGGGGGUUCAGCUCGUCCGUAUCAGAAACCCGUGGGGUGAGGUAGAGUGGACGGGUCCCUGGAGCGAUGGGUCCAGUGAAUGGAAGACCAUCAGCAAAGAUGAGAAAGAAAGGAUGAACAACAUAGCUGAAGAUGGAGAAUUUUGGAUGUCCUACUCAGACUUCAUCAAGAACUUCUCCAAGCUGGAGAUCUGUAACCUGACGCCAGACACUCUGACCAGUGAGGAUGUUCACCGCUGGAACUAUUACCAGUCUGAAGGCAUGUGGAGGAUCGGCUCCACUGCCGGCGGCGGCCGCCAUAACGCAGCCACUUUUCCAUCCAACCCCCAGUUCAUGCUACGCCUGGAGGAUUUAGAUGAUCAUCCGCUGGAUGGGAAACCAGGAUGCACCUUUUUGGUGGGGCUGAUGCAAAAGUCACGUCAGCAGAGGAGGCUGAACCGAGAGUUUGAAGCCAUUGGCUUCGCCAUCUAUCAGGUCCCAGAUGGGUACAAAGGCAGCAGCAGUGUGCGUCUAGGUCCAGAUGUCCUGCUGCGGCAGAAGCCUGUGGCCAUUUCCAACUUCAACAAGGCACGGGAAGUGUGCGAACGCUUUAAACUCCCUCCAGGAGAAUAUGUAAUCAUUCCCUCCACCUUCCUACCCUACAAAAAUGGCUCCUUUGUUCUCAGGGUGUUUUCUGAAAAGCAUGCUCCAGCCAGUCCCCUGGAGGUGGAGAUUGGUGCUAAAAUAGUGGAAGAGGAGACCUUCGAGAAGAAUGUGGAUCCUUAUUUUAAGCAGCUCUUCAAGCAGAUUGCUGGUUCUGACAAUGAAGUGUCUGCCCAUCAAUUGCUUGAGAUUUUGAACAAGGUUGUCUCAAAAUUGACUGAUGUCAAGAUACGUGGCUUCAGCCUGGAGACAUGUCGCCUCAUUGUCAGUCUGCUGGAUAAAGAUGACAAUAACACACUGGGACUACUGGAGGUUCAAUUGCUUUGGACAAAACUGCAGAAAUACCUGGAGAUCUUCAAGAACAGUGACACAGACCACUCUGGCACCAUAAGCUCACAGAAGAUGAGAGACGCUGUCACUGAAGCAGGUUUCCAGAUCAACAGCGCCGUGGUGGAGGCGAUCGUCAGUCGUUACGCUGACGCUCAGUACGCCAUAGACUUUGACAGCUUUGUGGGUUGCCUCGUCAAACUGGAGAUGCUCUUCAAAAUGUUCAAGUCUCUGGAGAAAGACAACUCAGGCAAGAUUGAGCUGGACUUACAGCAGUGGUUGUGUCUGGCCAUCUACUAAUUCUGGAGCGAAUCAGAGCCGUCAUCGACACUACUACAGCAGUGAUUUUCAAAUGUUGGAUUUUAAACUAGAUGUCAAUUUUGUUCUUACAUUUUAUUUUUUAACAUUUAUUCCUGUUGACUCUAAUGCACGCUCAUAUUUUUCACCAUAGCAACUAGGUGUGGUCCAUAAAGAGCAGCUCAUAAUGGUGGUGGAAAAA